AUGGAAUGCUGAAAGGAAGGAUGCAAAAAUAAAGUCAAAGUUCUCUGCAAAUGUGUGGAUCCUGUCCUCUACUCUUGCAAAAUCCACAUUUCUAAGCAUGUUCAAGCAGCUUCUUUUGAAGAGCACAAGCUUGAACCCUUAAAAUUAAAACCAAAUCAAAAAUAUAAGGAAGCCCUAAUUGAAGAACUGCAUAAAUUAUCAAAAGAAUUGCUUGAUAUAAAAGAAGACCUAAUCAAAGAUACAUAUAAGAAAAUAGAAGAAUUAGAAUUUUCACUUAUCAAAGCACUAGAAAACAUUGAACAAAUAAGACUAAACCAAGCCGAUUUAAUUCGAAAGAUUGACUCGGUAAAAAAAUUACCAAAAAUAAAUCCAAAUCCACUUGAAAGGCUAUUAAGUUUAGAUCCAGAAAGUGCCCGAAAAAAGCUGAAUGAGUUUGGAUGCAGUUUUAAUCGUUCCGAUUUUGAAGUGAACAAAAAUGACAGAACUGAUGCUGUUGAAAACAAUGAAAUUGUAUACUUCGUUAACUAUUUUUUUAUUUUUAUGGCAUAAUCAAAAAUAUUUGUAUUCGCUAAAGAGUGGUUUGCUUAAAAGCAGAAAGCUGAAAAUUUUAAAACAAUGAUUAAAUAUUUUAAUGAGACAUAUUUUUAGGGGAGGUACAAAAAACUCGGUUAGAGUAAAUUUGACUAAUUUUUCAAAGUCUGAGCAGCAGAUAGACAUUUUUCAAAACAAUGCAAGUCAUAAUAAUAUUUCUAUGUGUCUUCUUCCUGAUAAGUCUAUAUUUUGCUAUGGCAAUUAUCCUUCAUCCGGAACAGCAUUUAUAUUGUAUCCAGAUAACACGAUUAAACAGCUAUCAGAUGGAGAUCCAUCAAGAGGUAUGGGCGCUGUUUAUCAUGAUGACUUUAUUUACUUAUUUGGAGGGUGAAAAGCUAAAGGUAAGGCAUGGAAUAAAGCAGCAAAAUAUGAGCUAUCAACUGAUAGGUGGUACAAAGUUUGCCCUCUGAACCAAAAUCUAAGUCGUAUUUCAUGUAUCGCAGGAAAUUAUGGAAUCGCAUUUAUUAGCUAUGAAAGUAGUAAACUAUAUUUAUAUAACCACAAGCAAGAUAUUUAUAGUGAAAUUUAUCUCAACUUUGCAGUUAAUAUUAACAAAGUCUUGAUGCAAGCAGAAAAUCGAUUAUUUUUAAUCGAAUCCUCGUACAAUAUAUAUGAAAGUGAGCCAAAUCAACUAAGCAAUUGGAAAAAUAUAGGAACAUCGAGGAUUAGCUAUGGGAGAGCAGCAUAUCAAGUUUAUUUCAAUCAAAGAUGCUAUUUCAUGGACAGAGAUUGUAAAGUAUAUAAAUUUGAUAUGAACAGCUUACAAUUGACGAUGACUCAGGUAUAA